GGUGUCCGGCCCACCAUGCUGACGGCGCUCGCCCCGCCAGCCCUGCUUGGGCUCCCAGGGCGGCUGCCCACGGCCCCCGCGCGGCGACAGGACUCUUCAGGUUCUUCUGGCUCCUACCACACGGCUCCAGGUUCUCCGGAACCCCCAGACGUUGGGCCGGACGCAGAAGGCCCGGCGAAUUGGCUCUGGGUGGCCCCAGGGCGGGGGGCGGGCGCGCAGCCUCUCCUGUCCGUCAGCGCCCAGAAUAGCCGCCAGCAGCCCUGGGCAGGCUCGAGUUUCCCGCGAGGCCCGGGCUCCGGCCCGCCGCCUCCCCGGCCCCAGCUGCGCAUGCUGCCGUCGGGGGAGAUGGAAGUCAUCUUCGGCGCCCGGCCUCUACUCAGCCAUUCGGACGCGGAGGAUGACAAGGUGCCACAGCUCCCGGCGCCGGCCUUCGGCAGCCCCUCGCUACCGGAGCCAGCUGCGCUCACCCCACCGCAGCCCCGGGCCCCCGACGGUGGCUCCCGCUGGGCCACCUACCUGGAGGUGCGGCCUCGCGGGCCGAGUCCUGAGGUCUCCACGCAGUUCGAGUGUGUGGAGGUGGCGCUGGAGGAGCGCGCCGCGCCCGUCAGGCCCCGCACGGUGCCCAAGCGGCAGAUCGAGCUUCGCCCCCGGCCCCAGAGUCCCCAACAGGUGACGGACACGCCGCGCCCACGACUGCUCCUGCGCACCGGCUCCUUGGAUGAGUCGCUGGGCCGCCUGAAGGCAGCUGCGGGGCUCGUGCAGUCAGCGUUGGCCAGGAAAUUGGGCACCGAGGCUCCUGCCCCAAACUUCACUUUUAGGCCCACGGGACGGCCAGAACCGAAGACGCAGGAAACAUCUCGUGGCUCCCGCGUGGUCCUGGAAGAGGGGAGAUCUCGGCCGUCCCGCGCACAAAAUAGUUCGGCCCCCGCCAGAGCCCCACGGCCUUGGCCCAGCCUCCGAGAACGCGCGAUUCGGCGCGACAAGCCCACGCCCGGGACCGAGCCACUGGGUCCUGUUAGUUCCAGCAUCUUCCUACAGACUGAGGAGAAGAUUCAGGAGGUACACAAUCAAGAACCCAAGACUCGGUUCCCUGGAGAGGCUCCGGAUCGAAUUGUCACAAGGGCACCGAAUCCACCUUUGCAGUCUAGGGCCCUGUGGGAGGAUCAGAGUAGGGCUGUGAGACCCAGGAGCCCAUCCCCGUCCCCGCCGUGGCAAUCUCCAAAUGGGGCUCUGCGGGGUCCUCUCUGCCCAUCUCCCCAGAACCUGCCCCAGUGCGGUCGGACUGUUUGGAGGGUGACUAACCCGUCCUUCCCUGAAGCAUCUUCUGCGUGGGGAAAGCGGAAUGCCAAAGGUGAGAACACUGUCAGCAGGAGAAGCCCUUCCCCUCCAACUCUUUCCCCGCGGACUCAGGCUGCUGCGAGGGCAAGGAGCCCAUCCCCCGAAGCUCUUUCCCCCUGGGAAGUUCCGCAUCCGGACGUCGGGGAGGGUGGAGGGCGGGGUAGGGGCCAGUCUCCUCCAGCCUCGUUCCCCUGGGAGGCACCAGAUGGUCCCGCGGAGGCGCGGAGCCGUUCGUCCCAGGAGACAGGGGGUCCCGUGGAGCAGGGCUCAUCCACAGCAUUUCCGCGGGAAGCUAUGAACGGCAUGGCUGCAGAGUUGGCGUCACCUACACCAUCGUCGCCCGGCACUCCAGAAGAAAUAGAGGUGCAGAGCUCGCCCACUCGGGAGAUUCUAGAUCUUGCCUUCCGAGGCAGUCAGCCAUCGCCAGAGGUAGAAGCGCUUGAGCCGCCCCGUGGUCAUCUCGUAAACACCCUGGACGACCAUGAGCGCCCAGAGGCCCUGCGCUCGGGAGAAGCAGCUUCGGGACGCCCGCGCGUGGCUAUUCCGCUGCCGCGAGACGUGCGCAAGAUCGUGAAGAACACUUACGCGCCAAGCUUUCCCGCGGGAAGCCCCGGCUCCGCGCCGCCCAAGCCUCCCGCACAGCCUUGCGGAGAAGAGGGCGUCUCAGCCAAGGCGCAAGCGCCUCCGGCGCUGGGGUCCCCCGCCCCAGCUCACUACACUUCUAUUUUUCUCAAGGAUUUUCUACCCGUCGUGCCGCACCCCUACGAGUCCCCGGAGCAAUCCCUCCACACAGCACCCCCAGACGCCCCGCAGCCCAACGGGCUCCCGCGGCGGAGGGCAGAGAACAGCACCGCCAAACCCUUUGCGCGCACGGAGAUCCGUUUGCCUGGCGCCCUUACCUUGGGCCAACGUCUUGAGAGAACCCCGGGAAUCCAAGUGCGAGGAGCUUCUCAAGCCUGUGUCCCACAGAUGAGGACUCAGGAAGACUCCGAGGGCCAGACACAGAAUGAGUCCCCAGGCUCAGCAGAGACUUCUGCUAGAGACCCGAAGAUGACCCAGUCCAUGGAGCCUAAAUCCGACAUGUUGUACAAGAUCGAGGAUGUGCCACCUUGGUACCUGUGCAUUCUGCUCGGCUUCCAGCAUUACCUGACAUGCUUCAGCGGCACUAUCGCUGUGCCCUUCCUCCUGGCCGAGGCUCUGUGUGUGGGCCGUGACCAGUACAUGGUCAGUCAGCUCAUCGGCACCAUCUUCACAUGUGUGGGUGUCACCACUCUCAUCCAGACCACACUGGGCAUCCGGCUGCCACUGUUCCAAGCCAGUGCUUUUGCAUUUUUGGUCCCAGCCAAAGCCAUCCUGGCCCUAGAGAGAUGGAAGUGUCCUCCUGAAGAGGAAAUCUAUGGCAAUUGGAGUCUGCCCUUGAACACUUCUCAUAUCUGGCACCCUCGAAUACGCGAGGUUCAGGGUGCAAUCAUGGUGUCCAGCACAGUGGAGGUGGUGAUUGGGCUGAUGGGGCUGCCUGGGGCCCUUCUCAGUUACAUAGGCCCUCUCACAGUCACCCCCACUGUCUCCCUCAUUGGCCUCUCUGUCUUCCAAGCUGCUGGCGACAGAGCUGGCUCCCAUUGGGGUAUCUCAGCUUGCUCCAUUCUCCUGAUUGUACUCUUCUCCCAGUAUCUGCGCAAUCUCACUUUCCUGUUGCCAGUCUACCGCUGGGGUAAGGGCUUCACUCUCUUCCGCAUCCAGAUCUUCAAGAUGUUUCCGAUUGUGCUGGCCAUCAUGACUGUGUGGCUGCUGUGCUAUGUGCUGACCCUGACAGACGUGCUGCCUGCAGACCCAACAGCCUAUGGAUUCCAGGCACGAACUGAUGCCCGAGGGGACAUCAUGAGUAUCUCACCUUGGAUCCGCAUCCCCUACCCCUGUCAAUGGGGCCUGCCCACCGUGACUGCGGCUGCUGUCCUGGGUAUGUUCAGUGCCACACUGGCAGGCAUCAUCGAGUCCAUUGGUGAUUAUUAUGCUUGUGCUCGCCUGGCUGGUGCACCACCCCCUCCAGUACAUGCUAUCAAUCGGGGUAUCUUUACUGAAGGCAUCUGCUGCAUUAUCGCUGGGCUGCUGGGCACAGGCAACGGGUCUACUUCAUCCAGUCCCAACAUUGGUGUCCUAGGAAUUACCAAGGUGGGCAGCCGGCGAGUGGUGCAGUACGGUGCAGGUAUCAUGCUGGUUCUGGGUGCCAUCGGCAAGUUCACAGCCCUCUUUGCUUCGCUUCCUGACCCCAUCUUGGGGGGCAUGUUCUGCACCCUCUUCGGCAUGAUCACUGCCGUGGGGCUAUCCAACCUGCAGUUCGUGGACAUGAACUCUUCCCGCAACCUCUUCGUACUUGGAUUUUCCAUGUUCUUCGGGCUCACGUUGCCAAAUUACCUGGAUUCCAACCCUGGUGCCAUCAACACAGGCAUUCCUGAAGUGGACCAGAUUCUGACUGUGCUGCUGACCACAGAGAUGUUUGUGGGUGGGUGCCUUGCUUUCAUACUGGACAACACAGUGCCAGGGAGCCCAGAGGAACGAGGCUUAAUACAGUGGAAAGCAGGGGCUCAUGCCAGCAGUGCAACAUCUGCUAGUCUGAAGAGCUAUGAUUUUCCCAUUGGAAUGGGCAUAGUAAAAAGGAUCGCCUUUCUGAAAUACAUUCCUGUAUGCCCAGUCUUCAGAGGAUUUUCUACAAGGUCAAAAAGUCAGCCUUCAGUUCCAGAAGACACUCCAGAAAAUAUAGAAAUUGGGUCUGUGUGCACCAAGGUCUGAAAUGCUACUUCCAAGAAAGGAGACAUGGUAUAAUAACAGAAAAAGAAACUACAAGGGGAGCCAGAAGACCUAAAUUGGAAAUCUCAGCUCUGCCCCUAUCUAACUUCGUGUGUAACCUCGGAUAAAUUACUCUCUCUGGGACUCCAUUUUUGUAUCAGCUUAAAAAAUGGAAACACUGAGCCAAUGUCUCUAAGAGCUAAUAGAGACUUAUUUGUUUUUAAGUCUUUACUUUCCUAAGCCAACAUGACAAUGUAUAAAAAGAAUAUCUGGAAAUUCUCCAAUUUUCACAUUUUGAGUUGUAAAUUGACUUAAAAAAAUUAAAAAAGAAACCAGGACAGAUUCCAAAUUUAUGUAGGCAUUUUGGUAGGCUAUGAUGCUGGAUAUAACCCCAAUGUUACUUACUUUUAGACCAAAUAAUAACAUUAAAACAACGUAUUAGAGCAAUAAUUUUACUUUCA